AUGCCCCUCUCCCCCGAAGACGAGGUCGUCGCCAUGGUCCAGUCCGUCACUCCCCCGACGGUCCCCGCCCAUCGCUCCCACGACCCCUCCAACAAUCAGAAACGCACCGACCCCUUCCUGUUCGGCUCGCGCUACCUGGAAGAAGGCGACGAUGUCUUCGAGUUCAAUGCCUGGGAUCACGUCGAGCCCGAUGACGAGUUCAAGGCUUUCGCCGAGACCCAGUACGCCAAGCAGCGCGAGGCCCCCGUCUCCGACUUCGACCGCACCCGCUUCAACGCCGACCCCGCCAAGUGGUGGAACCUCUUCUACAAGAACAACACCGCCAACUUCUUCAAGGAUCGCAAGUGGUUGCGCCAGGAGUUCCCCGUCCUCGCCGACGUCACCAGCCCCGGCGCCGGGCCCCAGGUCGUGCUCGAGGUCGGCGCCGGCGCCGGCAACACCGCCUUCCCCCUCGUCGCCCACAACCAGAACGACGAGCUCAUGGUCCACGCCUGCGAUUUCUCCAAGACCGCCGUCAAGGUCAUGCGCGAGAGCCAGCAUUACGACCCUAAGCAUAUCGUCGCCGACGUGUGGGAUGUGGCUGCCAAGCCGGACGAGAACGGCGACGGCCUGCCCCCGGGCCUGCCCGAGGGCUCUGUCGACGUCGUCGUCCUCAUCUUCAUCCUCUCCGCCCUCUCUCCCGCCCAGUGGGAGCAGGCCCUGCGCAACAUCUACCGCGUGCUCAAGCCGGGUGGCCAGGUGCUGUUCCGCGACUACGGACGGGGCGAUCUGGCCCAGGUGCGCUUCAAGAAGCAACGGUACAUGGGGGAGAACUUCUACGUCCGGGGUGAUGGCACGCGGGUCUACUUCUUUGACAAGGAAGAGCUGCACCACAUGUGGAGUCGGUGGACGCCGGAAGGGGGGUUGCCCCCGACGCCCGAGGGUGACGCCUCCCCCGCGGAGGCGACCGACGCGUCAACCUCGCCGACCGGGGUGUUUGACAUCCAGAAGCUCGGCGUCGAUCAUCGCAUGAUCGUCAACCGCCAGCGCAAGCUGAAGAUGUACCGGUGCUGGAUCCAGGGUCACUUUACCAAGCGGGUGACGGCCGAAACCACGGGAUGA